UUGAUAAUCAUAACAAUGGCUGAAUCUACUGGACCGAUUCUUCAUGUCAUUGUCGUGGGUUUUCACCAUAAAAAAGGCUGUCAGGUUGAAUAUUCAUUUCCUCCUUUAGUUCCGGGUGCUCCAAAUGAGUGUCCACUUGGUUGGAAAUAUCUUCCUACAUUAGCAUUACCCGAUGGAUCUCAUAAUUAUGAUGAAGAUACUGUUUAUUUUCAUUUACCGAGUAUCACCGAUUCAAAAAAAACUGUCUACGGAGUUUCCUGUUUCAGACAAAUUCCUGUCGAGAAAUUAAAAAAUCGAACUUCUGAUAUGACUCGAGGAACUGUACAAAAAUCAGUAUGUGUGUUAAGUACUUUACCUCUUUACGGCCAUAUUCAAGUGAAAAUGGCUCUAAUAACUCAUGCUUAUUUUGAAGAAGGAGAUUUUAGUAAAGUUUCAUUAUUAGAGGACACUUUUAGACAUUUAAAUGCUUGCAUGAGUGCUGAUAGUCAAAUACCACCUCAAGUAUUUGUUGGACUUUCAGCAAGAGAUUUCAUUUUACAAUUCCGCCAUAAAGCUUUGUUGCUGUUUAAACUUCUCUUACUCGAAAAAAAAGUUGUAUUUUAUCAGUCUCCUGUUCAACCACUUUGUGCUGCGAUACUUACUUUAUUAUCUUUACAUCCAGGAAUGAUAGAAAGUGGCCUACGAAAAGCUGCAUGUGUUAGACCAUCUAGACCAAUGUCGCCCAUUCCAAAUUUCGAUGAUGACGAAGAAGAAUCCUGGACAGAUUCCAAUACGCCUAUUGAAAUUAAUGAUACCGAAAAGUGCAAUUUACAACAUUCAAUUAAUCAGAGUGAUCGAACUAAUGACAAUUUAGUAUGUAUUAAUGAUAACAAAACAUUCGAAACAAUGGAAGGAAAGUGUAUUGAUUCUAUUUCGGUAAAAAAUAACAAUGGAACUGAUAAUGAUAACAAGAAUAUUAUAGAAUUAAAUUCUGCUAAUUCAACGAAAGAUUGUAUAGAUUCUUAUGAUUCAGAAAAGAUAAAUCAAGAAAAGAAUGCAUUAAAAGUAGCAGAAAAUGUUCACCGAGUUCAAAGUACAAACACUAUUAAUUUGACCAUGAAUGAAAAUGAUGGUGUAUUACCUCGUGAUAGUAGUAAUGAUGCUUUAUCAGAAGCUCGUGUUACUUCGAAUAUUACACAAAUAGCUCAUGUUAAUCCAGAACUUUGUGGAUUGCCACUUAAUUUAUUUAAUAAGGGAUAUCUUUGCUUGCCGUACUUAUCUCUGCCUUAUCUAGACCUACUGGGAGAUAUAAAUGUACGAGGAUAUAUUGUGGGAGCAACAAAUGUUUUAUUCAAACAAAAAAAACAGCUCAUCGAUGUUUUAAUAGAGGUUGAAAGUGCACGAAUUGAAGCAACAGAUCCAGAAUUACGUCGUCAACUCCAUUUAACGACCGAAGAUCUCAGAUUUGCAGAUUAUGUUGUGAGACAUGUAGCUGAACCUCGACGAGAUGUUUUUCUGGAUGGCGUAGGUUGGGAAGGAGGUGAUGAAUGGAUUAGAACGCAGUUUCGUGUUUAUCUUCUUAGUCUAUUGAGAACAGCUAUGCAACAGGAUUCUCGACAGUCAGACCAUUUUAAUGCAGCCUUUGUAACUGCCUGGAAGAUGACCAAUAAUUAUAAAGCAUGGAGCAAUGUCACGAAACCGGAGAUAAAUAAUGUUGAGCCUGGACAUCCUUUCGCUGGACAGCUUUCCGUUCAAGACAUGAAGCUGCGAUUUUCACACACAAUGCAAAAUACUGAAUCAGGAAGGAAAAUAAACCAAGCCAUGGCUACUACAGGUAGAGCAGUAGCUACAACUGGAAAAGCAGUCGGUGGAGCUAUUUCACAAGCUAAAGGAGCUUUUGCGACAUGGUGGAGUACAUUAACAACAGUACAACCAGGAGAAGUAGAUAUACGUAAUAAUGACAAUGCAAGUAACCAAAGUCAUAGUUCGAAUGAGAAUGAAGAAGACGAUCAGAUGAAAGAUGAGAAUGAUAAAAAAACUAUUUCAAAGGAGCUGGAAACUCCAACAGAUAGUACAGGUACUACUGUAUUGGCGGAUUAAUAAUUAUUAUUUAUUUAAAGAACUGAAUAGCAGCAAGAAUAACAAUCAAUUAUUGAUAAACCAACAAAUAAGCAUUAAAAUAUUUUACCAAUUUAAUUUAUGUUAAAUGCAAAAAAGGGUACUGUUGAAUUAAUGUGUUGAAACAAUAUGGAAUUUAGAUUGAAAGUACCAAUCUAAUAAUGAUUUUCUAAAUUAAAUAUUUAAGAGCUGCAGCAGAAAUAUAUAAUAUUGACAAAUUUAAACGUAGAUCGUAUGAAUGUGACACUUUUUUAAUCUGUAUGUUUAAUAUGACUUGAAGAGAUUUCUUAUUUAAUUAUACUUAGCACAAGCAAUUAAAUUUUUGUUUACUGAUUAUACUAUUAUAAAGAUUAGUUGAAUAAUCGAUUAAGUGAUCAAUUAUUGUAUACAAAAGCAAUAGAGUAGUAAAACUCCAUAUGAUGCCAUGACAAUGAAAACCAAUGUUACUAAAAGACGUAACACAAUGAGAUAAUGUUGUGUUAGUCUGUGACUCUUUAUGAUGCGAAUCUGUAUCAUAUUCUGAGUGCUAUGGAUUAAAUAUGAUCAUCUCAUAUUCUUUGUAGAUUAUUUUGUAAUUAUUAUAUAAAUAUGUCAAACGAAAAAAGAAAGAUGUAAAUGUUUCAUGUUGUAGAAAAAUGUUAUUUCUUGCAGUUAUUUAAUAUUUUAGUAAUAAGUAGUAUCGAACUUUAGAUGA